CAUAUCCAAUUAAACAUUAAAUAUUUGCACUUAAGUACAGUCACUUGAUUUGAUUAGAAGUUCAUUUCCUUUCUCUGCCAUUUUUUCUCCGACUUUAGGCCAAGUAAAACGGCACGGAGAACCUCGGUGAUCGUUUAGGGAGGUCUGUUAGGAAGGAAAAUGGCAGCCUCUUUUUACAUUUUCUUAUUUCCCUUUGCUCUGCUGGAUCACAUUUAAAUGACUAGCUAAUAGCUACAACAAAAUGUAUCAUCCUAGCUAGAUACAAUGUAGCAAAAUAAUAUAUUGUCAAUGUCCAGCUAAACUGUAACGGCUCAAUCAUAGAUUGGUCGUUGAUGCUAACCAAAACAAUAUCAGGCAGUCACCUCUGCCAACUAUUAGCGAAGAAGAGGUCUCAACUGAGUGUCGGUGCUCCUUUUCUCUGUUGUCCCCCAUAGCUGUGCCAUGUAGAAGGCAGUGAUUCGCCCUUCAACUUUUGCAAAUGAAAAUGGAGGAUAUGUCUCUGUCGGGCCUGGACAACACCAAGCUAGAGGCCUUGGCUCAGGACAUCUACUCGGACCUGGUGGAGGACGCCUGUUUGGGCCUGUGUUUCGAGGUGCAUCGUGCUGUCAAACAGGGCUACUUCUUCCUGGAUGACACGGACCAAGAAAGCAUGAAGGACUUCGAAAUCGUUGACCAACCAGGAGUGGACAUUUUCGGGCAAGUGUACAAUCAGUGGAAAAACAAGGAGUGUGUGUGUCCCAACUGCAACCGGAGCAUUGCUGCGUCCCGCUUUGCCCCUCAUCUGGAGAAAUGCUUGGGCAUGGGGCGCAACAGCAGCCGCAUCGCCAACCGCAGAAUAGCAAGCAGUAACAACAUGAACAACAAAUCAGAGAGUGAUCAGGAAGACAAUGAUGACGUCAAUGACAAUGACUGGUCGUAUGGCUCAGAAAAAAAAGCUAAGAAGAGAAAGUCAGAUAAGAAUCCAAAUUCACCCAGAAGAUCAAAAUCUGUAAAGCAUAAAAAUGUUUUAGAGUAGUUGGUUGAAUGGUUGGGGAUGUUUUACACUCUGCUCGUUUCAGCAUUGCUGGGGCCAAAGCUUUGUUGCAGAUCAGGAAGCUCCAUGCGUGCUGUUGAGAGAUGAUGCAUUUCCUCGGUGAUCAGAAGGGGCUGGUUACUGCCAGGCCAGCUCUAUAAUGCCCUCCCCCGCUUCAAUGUAGGGUCAAAGGUCAACCCAAGAAGAAUCUGGGAAAGAACCCUGCCGUUUUAGGGACAGUAUAUCAGGGAAAAGAGUGUCUGGAGUUUGAACUUUCAUUCCUAAGGAAAUGAACCUUAGCAGAGACCCAGGGUGUCUCCAAAAUCCUCUAUUGAGAAUGUUAAUGUGGCCUUCUGGAUUCCACACGAUAGAUGGCCAUUGAAGGAGUCUGCUGCUUAAAUCCAGGUCAAAUGCACAAUGUUGGCAGAAUACAGACGUAGUACAGUAUGAAAAGGAUCAGAAUGUUGGCAGAAUACAGACGUAGUACAGUAUGAAAAGGAUCAGAAUGUUGGCAGAAUACAGACGCAGUACAGUAUGAAAAGGAUCAGAAUGUUGGCAGAAUACAGACGCAGUGCAGUAUGAAAAGGAUCAGAAUGUUGGUAGAAUACAGACGCAGUGCAGUAUGAAAAGGA